AAAAUAAAUAAAACACCUUGAAACUUUAGCCAUGAGCUUGUGCCUUGUUAAACCUUUCAUCCACCCUUCAUUCCAUGAAGUUCUCAAGCACAUGAGCUUUGGAGACAGGCUUAGUUUCCUUGCUGUGCACACUAUUGAUAAGCUUAAUCUAUGGCAUCGAUUACCGGUUCUUUUGGGUUUGCUAUACUUGCAAGCUCGUCGAACUCUUCAUGAGAAGUAUAACUUGAUUAUGGUUGGAGAAAGGGAUAACACUCCAUUCAACCCUGAUCAAUAUCCUUACAGGACUAGCAAUGGUGAGUAUAACAACCCGGAGAGUGUGAAAGAAGGAAGUCAACUUACCUUCUUUGGCAGGAACAUGCCUCCCAUGGAUCAAAAAGACGAAUUGAUGAGCCCUGAUCCUGUUAUGGUGGCUGCUAAGUUUUUGGCAAGAAGAACUUUUAAGGACACAGGAAAACAGUUUAACGUGAUUGCUGCUUCUUGGAUUCAGUUUAUGAUUCAUGAUUGGAUUGAUCAUUUGGAAGACACUCAACAGGUAGAACUCGUUGCUCCACCAGAAAUAGCAAGUGAAUGUCCACUGAAAUCUUUUAAGUUCUUCAAGACAAAAGAGGUCCCAACAAAUGCUCAGGGAAUUAAGAGUGGACACUUGAAUAUAAGAACACCUUGGUGGGAUGCAAGUGCAAUCUAUGGAAGUGAUUCAAACAAAUCAUCAAAAGUGAGGAGCUUUGUGGAUGGGAAGCUUAAAAUUGGAGAUAACAAUCUCCUUCGACAUAUGCACAACGGCAUUGCACUCUCUGGAGAUAUCCGAAACAGUUGGGCUGGAGUCUCAGUCUUACAAGCUCUUUUUGUCAAAGAACAUAAUGCUGUCUGUGAUGCACUUAAGUCAGAGUAUCCUAAGCUCACUGAUGAUGAGUUAUACCACUACGCAAGACUAGUGACUUCGGCUGUGAUUGCAAAGAUUCAUACUAUUGAUUGGACUGUGGAGCUCCUCAAGACUGAUACUAUGAAUGCUGGCAUGCAUGCUAAUUGGUAUGGACUGCUUGGAAAAAGAUUCAAGAGUAUAUUUGGACAUGUAGGAGGGACGGCAUUGGGAGGGCUUGUUGGAUUAGAUAAACCCAAUAACCAUGGAGUACCUUAUUCUUUGACAGAAGACUUCACAUCGGUUUAUAGAAUGCACUCUCUCCUUCCGGACACUCUUACACUUAGAAACAUCAAUGCAAAUCCUGGUCCUAAUAAAUCCCCUGCAAUCCUUGAAGAUAUCAAGAUGGAAGAACUGAUAGGUAUCAAGGGAGAGGAAAGUUUAGCUUCAAUUGGAUUUGAGAGGCAAUUAGUGUCAAUGGGACACCAAGCUAGUGGUGCUCUUGAGCUUUGGAACUAUCCUUUGUUCUUUAGAGACUUAGUUGCACAAAAUGUUGAUGGCACUCCAAGGCCUGAUCAUGUUGAUUUGGCUGCACUUGAAGUGUAUAGAGAUAGAGAAAGGAAUGUGCCAAGAUACAACCAGUUUAGAAGAGGAAUGCUAAUGAUUCCUAUAAGCAAAUGGGAGGACUUAACUGAUGAUAAAGAAGCCAUUGAAACUCUAAGAGAAGUUUAUGGUGAUGAUGUUGAGAAGCUUGACCUUAUUGUUGGUCUCAUGGCUGAGAAGAAGAUUAAGGGCUUUGCUAUCAGUGAAACAGCUUUCUUUAUCUUCAUUAUCAUGGCAUCAAGGAGGUUGGAGGCUGAUAGGUUCUUCACAAGCUACUUCAAUGAGAAGACAUACACAAAGAAAGGGUUUGCAUGGGUUAACAACACUGAAAGCUUAAGAGAUGUGAUCACAAGACAUUUCCCUGAAAUCACUACUAAAUGGUUGAACUCAACCAGUGCUUUCUCUGUUUGGGAUUCACCUCCAAACUCCUUCAAUUUCAUCCCACUCCUUCUUCGCAUUCCUUAAAUUUAUAUAUAUAUAUAUACUAAUAAUGUUUCAUUAUAUAUCUUUCAUGUGUGUUUUAGUUUGUUUAAAUUGUUUGUUCUUUUGUGAAAAUGUAAUGAAGUCGUAAGUGUGCAUGAUAAUGACCAAU